UGUGUGAUAGAUAAUCAGGGUGUCUCUCACCUCCUCCCCAGGUGAUGUGUGAUAGAUAAUCAGGGUGUCUCUCACCUCCUCCCCAGGUGAUGUGUGAUAGAUAAUCAGGGUGUCUCUCACCUCCUCCCCAGGUGAUGUGUGAUAGAUAAUCAGGGUGUCUCUCACCUCCUCCCCAGGUGAUGUGUGAUAGAUAAUCAGGGUGUCUCUCACCUCCUCCCCAGGUGAUGUGUGAUAGAUAAUCAGGGUGUCUCUCACCUCCUCCCCAGGUGAUGUGUGAUAGAUAAUCAGGGUGUCUCUCACCUCCUCCCCAGGUGAUCCGUAAGGUGGACAAGCAGACAGCAUUGAUGGAUGCAGACGACCCAGUGUCUCAGCUCCACAAGUGUUCCUUCUACCUGAAAGACACCGAGAGAAUGUACCUCUGUCUCUCACAGGAGAGAAUCAUUCAGUUCCAGGCCACGCCCUGCCCCAAAGAGCCCAGUAAGGAGAUGAUAAACGAUGGAGCCUCCUGGACCAUCAUCAGUACAGACAAGGCAGAGUACACCUUCUACCAGGGGAUGGGUCCUGUACCCUGUCCUGUUACACCAGUCCCUGUGGUGGAGAGUCUACAGUUGAAUGGUGGAGGUGAUGUGGCCAUGUUGGAGCUGACAGGACAGAACUUUGCUCCAGAUCUCCGAGUCUGGUUUGGAGAUAUCGAGGCUGACACCAUGUACAGGUGUGGAGAGAGCGUGCUCUGCGUGGUGCCUGACAUCUCGGCCUUCAGAGAGGGGUGGCGCUGGGUCCGUCAGCCCGUCCAGGUCCCCGUCACCUUGGUCCGCAACGACGGAGUCAUCUACUCCACGGCCCUCACCUUCACCUAUACCCCAGAACCAGGCCCUCGUCUUCACUGCAGCGCUGCCGGAGCCAUCCUCCAGACCCACAGUCACAGUAUCUCCUCUUCGUCCUCAUCCUCGCCUUCCUCAGGGAGUCUGGGGAUGGGAGGUUUAGGGGGGUUGGCGGAAGGACAGACGGGCUACGGGAUUGGUCAAGGGGGAGGGUCAACCAAUAGCGUUGGGUUGUUGUCAGGUUCAUCGGUGAUGUCAGUUUCGUCAUAGCAGCGGGGAAGUGUGUGUGUGUGGGGGAGGUGAGAGGCUCAUGGACCUGCUUUGGAACCACCCUCGCUCGCUCAAGGACUCUUUGGAAAGAGAGCGAUUGAGUUGAGGAGGAGAAGGGAAGAAGAGAGAUGAGGUUCUGAUGAAAGACAGACCUGGAUGGAGGGGGAUCCCUCUCUCUGGCGCCCCCGUGUGGUCGGUUGUGGACAUGACACUGCAGCCUGGGUCAUUCAGUCUGGGGAGGUUUCACCUCGAGGAUGACACAAUAACUAGGAGCCCUUUUUAUACAUUUGUUGGAGAACAACUUUUUUUUAUUUUCAACACUCACUCUUUCUACAAAGUUUAGAUAUUUUUUGGGCUCACAACAAAGGGCUUUGGUAAUGAUGGAGAUAUCACGUGUGCAGAGAAACGUCAUUAUUGUUUAUGGGUGAAACAUUUUAUUAUAGUAACCAUUUCUUACGGACCAAGGAAUAUUAUUGUUAUUUUAUUCUUUGUGAUAUUUUAUAAGCUUUUAGCGAGGUACAUUUUCAAAUGUUGUUUUUGUUGUAUUAUAAUGUUUUUGGGAGUACACCUUUUUGUUACCAAAUAGUUGUUGUUUUUUCUCCAUUUGAGAACGAGAGGCAUCUC